AGUGCCGGCUCACUAAAGGCACCCGCAAUGCCUACUGCGGUGAAUGGCAGUCCAGCCCCCAGCCGCCAGGCCCGGGCACUCACGCGGCACCACGCGAAGGAUGGACGCCUGAGUGCGGCGCAACACGUUGGGGAUGCCCUUGGUGAAAAAGUGCGGGAAGGCGCGCUGCUCGAAGGGCGACAAGCUGUAGGUGAUCACAUGUCGCAUCCGCGUCAGAUUCCCAAACUCUCGGCCCAUUGUUGCGGCGGCUCUGCAAGGACCGACGGCAAACAGGACCUUGGCUCAGCCUGGGGACGCGCGACAGGCUGGGAUCCCCGACUCCAAGCCCUCCCCGGAACGCCUUAGCCUCCCCCAGCCCAGGCGGCGCCCGACCCUCCCACGGUUCACUCCCGCAGCCGGGUCACCUCAACCUCCACGGACUCUGACCCAGUGAUCUCCGAGCGUCACUUCCGGCGGGAUCGGAAGCGGCUCCAGGAGGCCGUGAAGUCACUUCCGGGAGAUACCAUUUUUCCUUUGUUCCCAGGGGAAGACGCUGUUGCCCCCGGUUCUAAAGAGACGUGGCCAGGCCGGGUGGCCAGUGCCGGGUCUGGGGGGGUGCUGCCUGGGUCUGGGGGUGGGGCUUAGUGCUGUACGUCUGGGACCAGAUGACCCCCGGGAGGCGCUCACAGUUAGUCCUGGGCCUUUCUAUGGAGCUCCAGGCAGGGAGCGGCCGGGUGCUGCGGGGAUAGGGCAGACACAAAGGGGAAAAAAGGCGCCAGGGCUGGGGAUGUAGCUCGGUGGUAGAGUACUUGCCUAGCAUGCGCGAGGCCUUGGGUGACUUGGCCAGCACCACAAAAUAAUAACGACAAUAAUAAAUGAUUUUAAAAGGUGGGGUGGGGGUAGCAGCUGACCUCGCGGGCCUCGAUGGCCCAGAGCGCCCCUGAGGCGCGGCCACCCCGCGGCAGCCUAAUGCAGAUUUUAUGUGGUUUUGUCCCGAAGCUAAAAAGGGGCUCGGCUAUUUUCAGACCAUCAGCUAUGCCAGUACAAACUCUAGAGCUUCUCCUGGUAAUCUGUGCCUUAGAAUCCAUUAGUAGGCUGUAGGCUUUUCCAAGAUACAAUACUACCGUUUCCUCAAGUUCAGCCACUAAAGUCAUCAAAUAAUCGUCAAGCAGUUGACGAGCGCUGUUAGUCCGGGUAGGAGGGCAAAAGGACGCCUCCUCCGCAGCAGCCAGCCUCCUCCAGAUGGUUUGAUCGAGGGGCGGGGAAUGUCAAGAUGCCCAAAUUCUUUCUACUCCAGGGAGCCUGAGGUGUUACUGUGUUUUCCCUGAAGUGAAUUCUGCCUAUUGAUCCUGUUGUCUUGUAUGGCUCCUUGAUUUCUCCUCGGUGCAGAAUGUCGGUCCUGUCUGAUGGGCGAGGUGAGGCCCCUAGGCUGCAGCCAGACUCCAGAGCUUUGCACUACAUGAAGAAGCUCUAUAAGACAUAUGCUACGAAGGAGGGGAUUCCCAAAUCCCAUAGAAGUCACCAUUACAACACCGUUCGGCUCUUCACCCCCAGUUCCCUGCACAAACAGGCUCCUGGACACCAAGUGACAGGAAUCUUUCCGUCCGUGGACCUGUGGUUUAAUCUGGAUCGUGUUACUGCUGUUGAACACUUACUCAAAUCUGUCUUGCUGUACACUUUCAACAGCUCAGUUUCUCCUUCCUCUACCGUUAAAUGUUGGUGCAACCUGGUGAUGAAAGAACCAACUUCUAGCAAGACUCUCCCUAGAGCUCCCUAUUCAUUGACCUUUAAUUCACAGUUCAAACUUAGAAAGAAUCACAAGCGGAUUGAGAUUGAUGUGACCCAACUCCUCCAGCCUCUAGUGACUUCCAGUGAGAGAAAUAUUCACAUGUCUGUCAAUUUUACCUGCACAAAAGACCAGCUGCAGCACCCUUCAGCUCAGGAUGGACCCUUUACCAUGCCUCUUCUCCUGCCCCCCUCACUGAUCUUAUAUCUGAACGACACAAGUGCUCAGGCGUAUCACAGGUGGUAUUCCCUUCAGCGUCAAAGGUCUUCACAGGGUCCUGACCAGGAGAGGAAUGUGGCUGCCUAUCCCAUGGGAGAAGAGACUGUCAAGGGUGGGAGAUCUGCCAGCCACCGGAAAGGUCGGGAAACUGUCACCUCUCAAUUGAAGGAGCCACUGGUACCAGCUUCCUUCAACCUGAGUGAAUACUUCAAACAGUUUUUUUUCCCCCAAAAUGAGUGUGAGCUCCAUGACUUUAGACUUAGCUUUAGUCAGCUCAAGUGGGACAACUGGAUUGUGGCCCCUCACAGAUACAACCCUCGGUUUUGUAAAGGAGAAUGUCCAAGGGCAGUUGGGCAUCGGUAUGGCUCUCCAGUUCACACCAUGGUGCAAAACAUCAUCUGUGAGAGGCUCGACUCCUCAGUGCCAAGACCAUCAUGUGUACCUGCCAAAUACAGCCCCCUGAGUGUUUUGACCAUUGAGCCUGAUGGCUCAAUCGCUUACAAAGAGUAUGAAGAUAUGGUAGCUACCAAAUGCACCUGCCGUUAACAAACGGUCCCCUAAAUGAAAACCUUGAGCCUAUUUAGCAAAGUAAGUACUGAGCGUCUCUCUGCUUUUAGGAGAAGGCUAUGUGUCAUAACACAUCAUAGGAGGAGGAGCAUUCGCAGGUUAGCCAUUCUGGGGCAUCUGUCUGUCUGAAGGGAUAAGGUCAGUUGUUCCUACUUAGCCUUUAAUUUCCAAACUUAAAUGUAAUUACUUUGGAGAGAUUUAGUUUUUUUUCCAUGAUCAUUUUUUUUUUCACAAGAGUUUUGUUUUUGAUGGAAAAAAAUUCUAAAUUAGCAUGAAUCUAAUGGA